CAAAAUUGUUCUCAAAGUUUAAUUGGACCGUCAUCCAAUCAACCUGGAAGAAAACGCGGGUGUUCUAAAAUCUGACCCUGACCCACCGCCCACGCACCAUUUCUGGAUAAUCGGAGUUAAAAGUUAAAACCACACAACGGAGUUAGUGGAGUUGUGCGUGUAUUUCUUGUAACCUAAAACUAUAGAAAAGAUCCGUAGUCUAGCACAGUACAAGCGAAGUGGCAAAAUAUCUUCAGUUGUGUUUUGCUUUUCUGAAUCUGAUGCAAUUUUGAAAAACCAAGCAGCGGUUUCGUUGAAGCAGUAGCGAUGGAGAGCUAUUUGAAUGAUAAUUUCGAGGUCAAGCCGAAGAACUCAUCGGAGGAAGCGUUACAGAGAUGGAGGAAAUUGUGUUGGGUGGUGAAGAAUCGGAAACGACGUUUUCGUUUCACUGCUAAUCUGUCCAAACGUUUCGAAGCUCGUGCUAUUCAACGAUCCAAUCUGGAGAGUCUACGAACCUUGAUGCUGGUUUCACAUGCAGCAAUUCAAUUUCUCAAUGGUAUAACUUACAGUGUACCCGAGGAAGUGAAAGCUGCAGGCUUCCAAAUUGGUCCAGACGAAUUAGGAUCAAUAGUUGAAGGCCGAAGCUUGGAGAAGUUAAAAGCUCAUGAUGGAGUUGAAGGAAUUGUGAAAAAGAUUUCUACAUCAACCACCAAUGGAAUAUCUACUUCUGAGGAAAUACUUAACAAAAGAAAAGACAUUUAUGGAAUUAAUCAAUUCACAGAAAGCCCAUCAAAGGGCUUCUUGGUUUACAUAUGGGAAGCUCUACAAGAUACAACCCUCAUGAUACUCGGUUUAUGUGCCUUUGUUUCCUUAAUUGUAGGCAUUACAAUGGAAGGGUGGCCAAAGGGUGCACAUGAUGGUCUUGGGAUUGUAGCAAGCAUACUAUUGGUAGUAUUUGUCACUGCUACAAGUGACUAUAGGCAAUCUUUACAGUUCAAAGAUUUAGAUAAAGAGAAAAAGAAGAUUAGAAUUCAAGUUACAAGAAACGAAUGCAGACAAAAGAUCUCAAUAUACGAGCUUCUGGUUGGUGAUAUUGUGCACCUUGCUGUAGGUGAUCAAGUCCCAGCUGAUGGACUUUUUGUUUCUGGAUUUUCACUACUGAUAGAUGAAUCAAGUCUAACAGGUGAAAGUGAUCCAAGAACUGUAACUAUUGAAAACCCGUUUCUUUUAUCUGGAACUAAAGUUCAAAACGGAUCAUGUAAAAUGGUUGUUACCACUGUUGGAAUGAGAACCCAAUGGGGGAAACUAAUGGCAACUUUAAGUGAAGGUGGAGAUGAUGAGACUCCAUUACAGGUUAAACUUAAUGGAGUAGCCACAAUUAUAGGGAAGAUUGGACUCUUUUUUGCUGUUAUUACUUUUGCUGUUUUGGUUCAAGGAUUGUUUGUAAGAAAGAUGGAGGAAGGAUCCCAUUGGACUUGGAAUGGCGAAAAUGCCCUUGAGAUGUUGGAGUAUUUUGCUAUAGCUGUCACCAUUGUGGUUGUUGCAGUUCCCGAAGGACUACCCUUAGCUGUGACAUUAAGUCUUGCAUUUGCCAUGAAAAAGAUGAUGAAUGAUCGUGCCCUUGUUCGUCAUUUGGCAGCUUGUGAAACCAUGGGAUCUGCUACUAAUAUCUGCAGUGAUAAAACUGGAACCUUGACUACAAACCACAUGACACUUGUGAAAGCUUGGAUUUGUGGAGAAAUAAGAGAAGUCAACCAUGGGGUGUCGACUUUUUGCUCUACAAUUUCCGAUUCUGCCCUCGGAUUGCUCAUUGAGUCGAUUUUCAACAAUACAGGAGGGGAAGUGGUGAAGACUGAAAACAACAAGACUGAAAUUCUCGGAACACCAACCGAAACUGCCCUUUUGGAAUUCGGCCUCAUGCUUAAGGAAAAACAAGUGGAGAUUCAAAAGUCAAAGCUGGUCAAAGUGGAACCGUUUAACUCUGAAAAGAAGCGUAUGGCUGUGGUUUUGGAACUCCCUGGAGGGUAUUUUCGGGCACAUUGUAAAGGUGCUUCUGAAAUAAUCUUGAGAGCAUGUGAUAAGGUUUUGAAUGGGAAUGGUGAAGUGGUUCCUCUUGAUGAAGAAUUAAACAAUCAUUUAAAGGAUACGAUUGAAGUAUUGGCUAAUGAAGCUCUUAGAACUCUUUGCCUUUGUUAUAAGGAAUUGGGAAAUGAAUUCCAUUCCAAAGAUGAGAUUCCAUUUAAGGGGUAUACUUUGAUUGGGAUUGUGGGAAUUAAGGAUCCUGUUCGUCCAGGUGUGAAGGAAUCUGUUGCAAUUUGUCGAUCUGCAGGGAUUACUGUGCGUAUGGUUACAGCCAUUGAAGGUCCAGAUUUUCGUGAAAUGAGUGAAGAGGAGUUGCUUAAAAUUAUUCCUAAAAUUCAGGUUAUGGCUAGAUCUUCUCCAAUGGAUAAACAUACACUUGUGAAGCACUUAAGAACCACAUUUCAAGAAGUGGUUGCUGUCACAGGAGAUGGCACAAACGAUGCUCCAGCACUUCAUGAAGCAGAUAUUGGUCUUGCAAUGGGAAUCGCAGGGACAGAGGUGGCCAAAGAGAGUGCUGACGUCAUCAUUUUGGAUGAUAAUUUCUCUACAAUUGUGACUGUUGCGAAAUGGGGUCGAUCUGUUUAUGUCAACAUUCAGAAGUUUGUUCAGUUUCAGCUGACUGUCAAUGUUGUUGCCCUAAUAGUCAACUUUUCUUCUGCCUGUCUCACAGGAAGUGCACCUCUGACAGCUGUCCAGCUACUAUGGGUGAACAUGAUAAUGGACACAUUAGGAGCACUUGCAUUAGCCACAGAACCACCAAACGAUGAGUUAAUGAAACGAUCACCAGUUGGAAGAAAAGGCAACUUUAUAACAAACGUCAUGUGGAGAAACAUCAUGGGACAAUCCUUAUACCAAUUCAUCGUAAUUUGGUUCCUUCAAUCACAAGGAAAAACCGCCUUCAACCUCAACGACUCCGACUCCGACUCCGAUUUACUUCUCAACACACUCAUCUUCAACACCUUCGUCUUCUGUCAGGUGUUUAAUGAGAUAAGCUCUAGAGAGAUGGAGAAGAUUGACGUGUUGAAAGGAAUAUUGAAGAACUAUGUCUUUCUGGCUGUUUUGACUGCGACUGUUGUGUUUCAGAUCGUUAUUAUCGAGUUUUUGGGUACUUUUGCAAACACGACUCCUCUUAGUCUUCAUCAGUGGUUUGCUAGUGUUGCUAUUGGUUUUCUGGGUAUGCCGAUUGCUGCUGGUGUCAAGAUGAUACCUGUUUGAUCGAGAUAGGAAAAGGACUGUUUUGCCCCUUGUGGUGUGUAGGAUAUUCUCAUACGACUCAAAAAUUGAAGGGCUAUUAAGAAUACAAAUUUUGUAAGAAUUGUUGUCGUUUUAUGGACUGUGUUUGGUAACUAAAAGUAGAAGAAUGUUCAUUGAAUUUAUCACUUUUUUCUUUUGUAAUUUGACAUGUCGGAUAUUAUAAUUCAGUAUUUUUCAAUGCUUUCAUUUUAUCAACUUUUUUCUUAAUGAACUUAAGUGGAAAAAAGUUUAUUUUGGUUAGAUAUAUGUAUUAUGUAUGGAUUUUGUUUUUUAAAUGGGA